GUUUAAUGGCAAAUAAAAUUCUGGGACAAUUAGGAAAUAAGCAAAAUUUGAACCUCCGAAAGGAUCAAACCUGGAAAGGAUCAAACCUGAAAGGAUGAGAACUUUAUGGGAGUAGGCAGCAAUGUGGAUGGAGCAGACUAAGUUUAUGGGAAGUAGGCAAGAAUCCAGGGACACACGGCUGCAUCUCUCCGAAAGCUGGUGGUUUAAAGACGAAUGUGGAUGAAGCCAUGUUCCAGGGAUCGGGACGGUCGGGUAUAGGAGCGGUAGUCCGUGACGCGCGAGAUGGGGAACGUUAUGGCCUCGAUGGUAGGUCAGUUUGCUUACUUUGGUGAUCCCAUGGUUGUGGAGGCCCUAGCGAGGUUAGUAGGAGGAAUGGACGUAGGUGGGGUAAUAGCUGACUGUAUCCAGCUUGCUCAGACGAUGAACGAUGUCUCCUUUACGCACUGUAAACCGAACGGGAACCACACGGCACAUGAUUUGGCGAGAUGGUUGGAGCAGGUGAAUGAGGAGCAGACUUGGGUUGAUGAAAUCCCCUUUUGCCAGUAUGAAAGUAUGCCAAAUGAGAAGGCUCAUCUCAAUUGAUGUAUUCUGGGCUCCAUAAUUAAUAAGGGUACACCGUUUAU